AAAAUAUAGAAUAACAUGGUCACCUUUCUUUUCAACUGUGUAACUGUCGGUUUUCCAGUGCAAAAUGUUCACACACAAAACCAAAAAAAUCAACAACUUAUCCACCAAUACCCAGCAAAAAUUCAAAGCUCAACUUAAGGCAAAUGAACAUUUGCUUGGCAAUCGGAGCUUUGAAACUGCUUCCGGACUAUUGCGAAAAACUGGAAGUCAGUUAAAGCAAACCAAAUUGACUCUCUGCGAAAAGGACAAGAAGCUUAUAUUUUCUGGAUUUGUUGAAGAUCCCGUUAAAAUUAAACCCAAACACGAGUUUGUCUACAAUCCGCCACCUAAAGGUCUCAACAAAUCUUUUUGCUGUGCGAAAAAAGAAAUAACUGUAAUACCCAAAGCUGAACCGCUUGCCGCGUUGCCAGCUUCACCGAUGUUAAAGCCUGGACGUGAUUUAGUGAGCUUAAUCGGGCGUGUGGACUUUUGCAUUAAAAUGCAUCGAGAGCAGCCACAUUUAAAUGCACUCUGGAAUAUCUAUGGUAGGCUAAUAGACACUUUUGUACUGCUAAAAAUAACUGUAUGCUUAACAGGUCAGCUUUUACGAAUCAUCGCGGGUAAACGAGGCGAACAGACUUUGCUUUUGCGCAAUGAGGAUAAAGGACCGAUUCUUCAGGCGAUUUUCUACGAUUUCGAUGGUGAGCUGAAAGCAUUGACCAAUGGUUGUUUCGUUAAUGUAGUGGGCCGUUUUAUAGGUGAGAAUCGUUUGAAUACCUUCAGCGUUUCACAGGUAAGUCUUGUUGACUGGCAACAAAAUUUCACGCGCCUGCAGAAUGUUGUCUCAUAUAUAUUAAUGCAAAACACAAAUAGUAGUUUUUAAUUUAUUUAAAUUUAGCCUUUCCAAUGGCCAUAUGCAUCAGAUAUUGCUUUUUAGUA